ACAUAGAACACUACUCAUAUAGAGAGAGAAGGGGAAAACAUAAGAAAAGAAAAUAAAAAGAAAAGAGAGUGAGAAACCAAAAGAUGACAACCGCCAUGAAUGACAAUAAGGUUGAUCAAGAUCACUUGGUACUCCUCUCCCAAUUGUACCCUGGCGUAUACACACAAAUGGUUCCACAACAAGGUGAGCCAAAACCACGACGCAGGCGAAAGAAGAACAAAGGAGGAGAAAACGGAGUUACUGCUGCCAAGAAGAGGAAGCUCAGUGCUGACCAGGUUAAUCUUCUUGAGAUGAAUUUUGGUAACGAACAUAAGCUGGAGUCUGAGAGAAAAGACAGGCUUGCUUCAGAACUUGGACUUGAUCCCCGUCAAGUUGCUGUUUGGUUUCAAAACCGAAGGGCUCGCUGGAAGAACAAGAAACUUGAGGAGGAGUACACUAAGUUGAAGACAGCCCAUGAGAAUAUUGUUGUUGAGAAAUGUCACCUUGAAUCUGAGGUUUUGAAGCUUAAAGAGAAGCUUUCAGAAGCAGAGAAAGAGAUUCAACGACUAACAGAGCGUGUUGAUGGAGUUUCGAGUAAUAGUUGUAGUCCAACUCUGUCUAUGGAAGCCAUGGACGCACCGUUUCUCGGAGAAUUUGGGAUGGAAGGAUAUGGAGAUAUUUUUUACAUGCCAGAAACCAAUUACAUUCAUGGUAUGGAAUGGUUUAAUCAGUAUAUGUAAUUAACUAGCCUAAUUUUAGCAUAUGUAGAUAGUAAUUAGGCAACAAGCUAGUGUAAAUUUUCCCUCUAUCUAGCUACUUCCUUAUCAUUGAGGUGUUUUAGUUGGAAAUGCCAUUAAUUAAGUAAAUUAAUUUGCCUUUCAGACAAAUUCUAUGAUACAACCGAAA